GGCGGGGAGAAGCCCAGCGGGGUCGGAACAAAAGCCGGAUUCCGAGCGGCUGCGGGAGGCUAGAGCGCUCGGGGGAACUGGCUGUUCCUUGCGGCCUGCGAAGGGAGCGCCGUGCACCGACUUUCGCAGAGAGGUGAGCGGUGGGCGGCUGCUUUUGCGGGACGGACCCCACCUGCCUGGGAAGCUUCCCGCCUCCUCCCUCCAACCCGGAACCGCCACCCCGGCUCAGGCUUGGUGCUCACGCGCCCUCUCUGCACCUGCCUGGAAGUUUAGGGCGUCUUGGCUUUAGCAGGUAGAGCAGGUCCAUCUGCAGCCAUGUCAGCCAAGGCAAUUUCGGAGCAGACAGGCAAAGAACUCCUCUACAAGUACAUCUGUACUACCUCAGCCAUCCAGAACCGGUUUAAGUAUGCCCGGGUCACCCCUGACACAGACUGGGCCCGCCUGCUGCAGGACCACCCCUGGCUGCUCAGCCAGAGUUUGGUUGUCAAGCCAGACCAGCUGAUCAAACGGCGUGGAAAGCUGGGCCUAGUUGGGGUCAACCUCACUCUGGAUGGGGUCAAGUCCUGGCUAAAGCCACGGCUGGGACAGGAGGCCACAGUUGGCAAGGCCAGAGGCUUUCUCAAGAACUUUCUGAUUGAACCCUUUGUCCCCCACAGUCAGGCUGAGGAGUUCUAUGUCUGCAUCUAUGCCACUCGAGAAGGGGACUACGUCCUGUUCCACCACGAGGGGGGGAUGGACGUGGGCGACGUGGAUGCCAAAGCCCAGAAACUAUUUGUUGGCGUGGAUGAGAAGCUGAAUCCUGAGGACAUCAAGAAACACCUAUUGGUCCAUGCUUCUGAAGACAAGAAAGAAAUUCUGGCCAGUUUUAUUUUCGGUCUCUUCAAUUUCUAUGAGGAUCUGUACUUCACCUACCUCGAGAUCAACCCCCUUGUAAUAACCAGAGAUGGCGUAUAUAUUCUUGACUUGGCGGCCAAGCUGGAUGCCACAGCUGACUACAUCUGCAAAGUGAAGUGGGGUGAUCUAGAGUUCCCUCCUCCCUUUGGGCGGGAGGCUUACCCAGAGGAAGCCUAUAUUGCAGACCUGGAUGCUAAAAGUGGGGCGAGCCUAAAGCUGACCUUGCUGAACCCCAAGGGGAGAAUCUGGACCAUGGUGGCUGGAGGUGGCGCCUCUGUCGUGUACAGCGACACCAUCUGUGAUCUGGGGGGUGUUGAUGAGCUGGCGAACUACGGGGAGUACUCAGGCGCCCCCAGUGAGCAGCAGACCUAUGACUAUGCCAAGACUAUCCUCUCCCUCAUGACCCGUGAGAAGCACCCAGAUGGCAAGAUCCUCAUCAUUGGAGGCAGCAUUGCAAACUUCACCAAUGUGGCUGCCACAUUCAAGGGCAUCGUGAGAGCAAUUCGAGAUUACCAGGGUCCCCUGAAGGAGCAUGAGGUCACGAUUUUUGUCCGAAGAGGUGGCCCCAACUAUCAGGAGGGCUUACGGGUGAUGGGAGAAGUCGGGAAGACCACUGGGAUCCCCAUCCAUGUCUUUGGCACCGAGACUCAUAUGACGGCCAUUGUGGGCAUGGCCCUGGGCCACCGGCCCAUCCCCCACCAGCCUCCCACAGCAGCCCACACUGCAAACUUCCUCCUCAAUGCCAGUGGGAGCACAUCGACUCCAGCCCCCAGCAGGACGGCAUCUUUUUCUGAGUCUCGGACUGAUGAGGUGGCUCCUGCAAAGAAGGCCAAGCCAGCCAUGCCACAAGAUUCUGUCCCAAGUCCAAGAUCCCUGCAAGGAAAGAGCGCCACCCUCUUCAGCUGCCACACCAAAGCCAUCGUGUGGGGCAUGCAGACGCGGGCUGUGCAGGGUAUGCUGGACUUCGACUACGUCUGCUCCCGAGAUGAGCCCUCGGUGGCUGCCAUGGUCUACCCCUUCACUGGGGACCAUAAGCAGAAGUUUUACUGGGGUCACAAGGAGAUUCUGAUCCCUGUCUUCAAGAACAUGGCUGAUGCCAUGAAGAAACACCCAGAGGUAGAUGUGCUGAUCAACUUCGCCUCCCUCCGCUCAGCCUACGACAGCACCAUCGAGACCAUGAAUUAUGCACAGAUCCGGACAAUCGCCAUCAUAGCUGAAGGCAUCCCAGAGGCCUUCACGAGGAAGCUGAUCAAGAAGGCAGAUCAGAAGGGAGUGACCAUCAUUGGACCUGCUACUGUUGGAGGCAUCAAGCCUGGGUGCUUUAAGAUUGGGAAUACAGGUGGGAUGCUGGACAACAUCCUGGCCUCCAAGCUGUACCGCCCUGGCAGUGUGGCCUACGUUUCACGUUCGGGGGGCAUGUCCAACGAGCUCAACAACAUCAUCUCUCGGACCACGGACGGUGUCUAUGAGGGUGUGGCCAUUGGUGGAGACAGGUACCCUGGCUCAACAUUUAUGGAUCAUGUGUUACGUUACCAGGACACUCCAGGAGUCAAAAUGAUCGUGGUUCUUGGAGAGAUAGGGGGCACUGAGGAAUAUAAGAUCUGCCGGGGCAUCAAGGAAGGCCGCAUCACCAAGCCCGUGGUUUGCUGGUGCAUCGGGACCUGUGCCACCAUGUUCUCCUCCGAGGUACAGUUCGGCCAUGCUGGAGCUUGUGCCAACCAGGCCUCUGAAACUGCAGUAGCCAAGAACCAGGCUUUGAAGGAGGCAGGAGUGUUUGUGCCCCCGAGCUUUGAUGAGCUUGGAGAAAUUAUCCAGUCUGUGUAUGAAGAUCUUGUGGCCAAAGGGGUCAUUGUACCUGCUCAGGAGGUGCCACCCCCAACAGUGCCGAUGGACUACUCCUGGGCCCGAGAGCUGGGCUUGAUCCGCAAACCCGCCUCAUUCAUGACCAGCAUCUGUGACGAGAGAGGACAGGAGCUCAUCUACGCGGGCAUGCCCAUCACCGAGGUCUUUAAGGAAGAGAUGGGCAUCGGUGGGGUCCUCGGCCUCCUCUGGUUCCAGAGAAGGUUGCCCAAGUACUCCUGCCACUUCAUUGAGAUGUGCCUGAUGGUGACAGCUGAUCACGGGCCAGCCGUCUCGGGGGCCCACAACACCAUCAUCUGUGCUCGGGCUGGGAAGGACCUGGUUUCCAGCCUCACCUCGGGGCUGCUAACCAUCGGGGACCGGUUUGGGGGUGCCCUAGAUGCAGCAGCCAAGAUGUUCAGCAAAGCCUUUGACAGUGGCAUUAUCCCCAUGGAGUUUGUGAACAAGAUGAAGAAGGAAGGAAAACUGAUCAUGGGCAUCGGUCACCGGGUAAAAUCGAUAAACAACCCAGACAUGCGGGUGCAGAUCCUCAAAGAUUACGUCAAGCAGCACUUCCCUGCCACCCCCCUGCUCGACUACGCGCUCGAAGUGGAGAAGAUUACCACCUCAAAGAAACCAAAUCUUAUCCUGAACGUAGACGGUUUCAUCGGAGUUGCAUUUGUAGACAUGCUUAGAAACUGUGGGUCCUUUACUCGGGAGGAAGCUGAUGAAUAUAUUGACAUUGGAGCCCUCAAUGGCAUCUUUGUGCUGGGAAGGAGUAUGGGCUUCAUUGGACACUAUCUUGAUCAGAAGAGGCUGAAGCAGGGGCUGUAUCGUCACCCGUGGGAUGAUAUUUCAUAUGUUCUUCCGGAACACAUGAGCAUGUAAUUCAGCCAGGAACCCUACCAUAAAGUGAAGAUAAAAACUCUUCCCCCAGGACACAGCGUGCAGACUGCUGGCACUGGAGCUUGUUGUUGGCUGGGCUUGGUAUACAAACAGCCGCUGGUAUACAGGCACUGAGACAAACACCCACAGGCUAACACUGCUCAGUACACACAAAGAAGCUUGAUUUUUUUUUCAUCAGCAUAGAAUUAAAAACCAAGCCAAUACUUGUGAUAUUUGCUCUGCCAUCUGCUAUAUUUAUUGUAUAGAAGGAUAGUGUUUUUCCUCAUUAGGGUAUUAUGAUGUUGCUUUUUUUUUUUUUCCCUUGGAAGAAGAGAAUGAAGCUUAAGACCUCAAGAUACUAUACAUUUAAAGCACCCCUAAUGUCUUGUUUUUUCCACUUCCCUUUCCUCCUUCUGUAACCUGAAGAGUAUUGUAUUAAUCUGAUUUUUAAGGAUCUUUUAUAUGUUAUGUGUAAAGAGUUUGUUUGGUAUUCCAUUGGAACAUUCUGUGUUACAGUCCAAAGUCUGAUUAUGUUAGGAGGUUUGGGACCAUUGCAUCUUUAGCCAUUGUCACAAAAUAUGUGGAGUAGUAAUUUAAAAUGUAAAGUUGUAACAUACCUAUGUUUAAAAUGGAAAUGCAAAGCAGAAAAGCUGUGAAAUGUCUUGUGUUCUCUGUAUUUAUGCAACUGACUCAUCUGUUACUGAAGUGUGGGUCCAGACUGGUCUCCAGCCAGUUUGUAUCUGUAUCCAUGAAAAUUCUGGGCAGCUGCCAGCUCAGUCUCUUCUCUGUAUUAUCAUAGGUCGGUUUAAAUAAACUCUGUAGUAACAAUGAA